AUGGCAUCUCGGUACGACAGGGCCAUCACGGUCUUCUCCCCGGACGGACACCUCUUCCAAGUGGAGUACGCACAGGAGGCGGUGAAGAAGGGCUCCACCGCGGUUGGAAUUCGAGGUACCAAUAUAGUCGUGCUUGGGGUAGAAAAGAAAUCUGUUGCCAAGCUUCAAGAUGAAAGAACCGUGAGGAAAAUCUGUGCCCUCGAUGACCACGUCUGCAUGGCUUUUGCAGGCUUGACUGCUGAUGCUAGAGUGGUGAUCAACAGAGCCCGUGUGGAGUGCCAGAGCCACAAGCUGACCGUGGAGGACCCUGUCACAGUGGAGUACAUAACCCGCUUCAUAGCCACUUUGAAGCAGAAAUAUACACAGAGCAAUGGACGAAGACCUUUUGGUAUUUCAGCCUUAAUUGUAGGUUUUGAUGACGACGGUAUCCCACGAUUAUAUCAGACAGAUCCUUCUGGUACUUACCAUGCUUGGAAAGCAAAUGCAAUAGGCCGAAGUGCUAAAACUGUUCGGGAAUUUCUGGAAAAGAAUUACACAGAAGAUGCUAUUGCAAAUGACAAUGAAGCCAUCAAAUUGGCAAUAAGAGCUUUGCUAGAAGUUGUCCAGUCUGGAGGAAAAAACAUUGAGCUGGCCAUCAUAAGAAGAAAUCAACCUUUGAAGAUGUUUAGUGCCAAAGAAAUUGAAUUACAAGUAAGUGAAAUAGAAAAGGAAAAGGAAGAAGCAGAGAAGAAGAAAUCAAAGAAGUCUACCUAA